AUGGCUGCUCAGGACGACAAAAAAGGCAACGAGAAAAGUAACGAGCAACCGCUCUUCAUGGACCUCUCGAGAGGGAUAGUCGGCUGGGAAGAUGAUAAGGAUCCUCAGAAUCCAAGGAACUACCCUCCUUCUCGGAAAUGGUCUCUUCUAGGUAUCGUCAGUAUCGUCACUUUAAUCAGGUAUGAAUCUUUAUAUACUGGGCCCGCGAAUGAUAUUGAUUGUAUCAGUCCAUUCGCGUCUACUCUUUUUGCCCCUGCUGCUGGAUACGCCGCGCAGGAGUUCGACACGACCUCGUCUAUAUUAAGCACCCUGGCGGUCACGGCUUAUCUAUUCGGUUACGCCGUGGGACCUCUCUUCCUGUCACCACUUAGCGAGCUCUACGGCCGCAGGAUCGUCUUGAACGUGGCAACAACGCUGUUCGUUCUAUUUCAGAUCGGAUGUGCCCUUUCACCGAACAUGGCCGCCCUUAUUAUCUUCAGAACCAUCACCGGAAUGGGCGGGUCUGCUUGUCUGACAAUCGGCGGUGGAGUUAUAUCAGACCUCUUUGCGCCUGAGCAACGAGGGCUUGCCAUGUCGAUUUUCUCGCUGGGGCCCCUUCUUGGGCCUGUCAUUGGUCCUAUUUGCGGUGCCUUUAUUGCGCAGGAUGUUGGAUGGCGAUGGAUAUUUUGGGUGCUCGCUAUUACAGGCGGCACCUUCACCACCUUCGUUAUCAUUUUCAGCCGCGAAACCAACCCAGUGAUCCUGAUGGAACGCAAAACACGGAAGCUGCAAAAAGAACUGGGCAGACCCGAACUCCGAAGCUGCUACGAAAAGAAAGACCAAGAACCGAUCAAAACUCACAGGGAAGCCUUCAGCUUCCUCCUGCGCCGUCUAACAACCCCAAUCCAACUCCUCAUCCACUCCCCCAUCGUCACCCUCAUCGCGCUCUACAUCGCCGUCAUCUACGGCUGCCUCUACCUCCUCUUCACAACAGUCACCAGCGUCUUCGAAGACACAUACCACUGGCCCCUCUCCACCAGCGGUCUCGCCAACAUCGGCCUGGGCCUGGGCUUCAUCAUCGGCCAGAUAUUCUUCGGCCUCACAAGUGAUAGAGUCCUGAAACGCCUCAAAGCACGCAACAACAACACUCUCACCCCAGAGAUGCGUCUGCCGCUCGCCAUCGUCUUCGCUCUAUUCGUCCCAAUCUCCUUCUUCUGGUACGGCUGGUCCGUCCAGAAACCUACUCACUGGAUCGUGCCCAUAAUCGGCCUCGCUCCCUUCGCUGUGGGAAUGAUUGGCAUCUUUAGUACGCUGCAGACUUAUGUCAUUGAUUGCUAUCCGCGGUAUGCGGCGUCCGGGAUCGCGGCUAUUACGGUUAUGCGCUCGAUGUUUGGCGCGCUGCUUCCGCUGGCUGGGCCUUAUAUGUACCGUGCUCUUGGGUAUGGGUGGGGGAAUACGCUGCUAGGGCUUAUUGCGCUGCUUCUUGUUCCUAUGCCCGUUAUCUUUUAUCGGUUUGGGGCUGUGCUUAGGGAGCGUGCUAGGAAGGAAUUUUAA